AGUGAAGCUCUCCAGUCGUUUUUAUCAUGAAGAUCACAUCAUUUCUGGCUGUCUCCCUCAGCUCUUUGGCCUCCUACUCUCUUUCGAGCAAAAGAGUCAAUGUUCUAACGUGUGCUCCAACCUCAUCAUGCGCAACAUAUUCUGCCACGAGCAUUUGGUUUGUGGCAAUGAGCGGAACCGCUUGUCCAAGUCUGACUCUCCCACUUCCCGUGGAGUUGGCCACUGCCACGCCAUCCGACCAUCCUGAGAGUUGUUACUACCCAGCCACGAUUAACUAUUGUCAAAUGGGCCAGUACACUAACCUCAUAAUUCCAAUGAGUAUCAUCGCUACUGCUAUCUACAAUGGGCAAUCCUCGGGCGCGAUCGUGUGCGGUCGAACAAAAACUGCAAAUCUUCCUACAUUCGUUGCACACACUCCAGCUGCCACUAUGACUAUUCCUUCGCAAAUCACGGUGACUGCUCAGCAAGUUUGCUAAGAUGGCAUGGAAAUUCCAAGCUUGAAUAAAUUGACAGUCUUCGAAAGAGAUUCUUUAACG